AGUCCCUCACUGCAUCAUCACACACACAAAAAGGCUUUUUAAAGGCUCAGCCUGCUGCAGCUGGCACUUUGUUCAUUUUUGAUCCCAGUGUGAGCGCGGAUACAGGACAACAUUAUGGAUCAGAUAACAUUCGAUAAAGAAAAUGAUGAGCGUAUCAAAGCAGUGGAGAAUUCAUUCGGUGCAUCAGGGAGGUCCUUGUCCAAAUCAGGUCGGAUUCUGAUGGGACAGGGCCGUCUGAUGAAGCAGGGUCGUCGGAAACCCCAGCCUAAGGAUUUCUUCCUCUUCAACGAUGUUCUUGUGUACGGCAGCGUCAUUCUGAACGGCCGCUUUCACAAAAACCAGAAGAUAAUCCCUCUAGAGGACAUUGAGCUGGAGGACAUGGAGGACAGUCUGGAUGUGAGGAACCAAUGGCUGAUCCGUACGCCGCGCAAGUCGUUUUUUGUGUCCGCGCCUUCACACGAGGAGAAGCAGGCCUGGAUUGAGCACAUCAAAGAGUGCCGGUCAGGCCUGCUGCAGGACGGCAGCUGCCAACGUGGUUCCAGCUUUGCUGUUACCUGGAUCCCAGACCGGGCCUCCUUCAGAUGCAUGCGCUGCUUCAACAAGUUCACAACAACCAAACGUCGACACCAUUGCAGAAAAUGUGGCUUUCUGGUGUGCAAUUCAUGCUCCAAACAGCGAGCAGUGAUUAACCACAUUCAUCCCACUAAGAGACUGAGGGUCUGCAGUCUCUGCCACACUCAGAACAAAGAAGAAGAUGAGAUAUCUCGACUGAGGGGGGACAGUGCUGGAAUGAAUAGCUUAGAGGGCGAAGAUGUGGCAGCAUCCAGUGAUGAAGACGAGGGAGUGGGAAUGAUUCAAUGCUACGCUCAGAGCAGCUGGCUGGACACUUGGAGGAGCCAUUAACCACAUUAACACACUUAAUGUUAACUCAAAACCAGUGAAUCAACAGCCUUAGUGAAAUAAAACUGCAGCAUUAAGACUCAAACAAAGACAGUUGGACACAAUAGAAGCAUGUUGGAAAUCGAGUGAAAAAAUCUUUGACUGCUGUCAUUGCUGAGCUUUUAUUCUGUACUUGUUUGCUGUGAAGUAGUUUACAUUUUGCUUUCAAAUGAUCAGUGAAUAACAAAGCACUCACAAAACAGAUGUGUGUGUGUGUGUGUGUGUGUUGUGAUGCUUCUGUGUUGAGAGUCACGUUGGAUGCACCAAUCUUACUUUCUCUGUCAUGAUUUUGAUGCACACAUUUUUCUUAAUAAAAAGCCACUGCUGAGCUUAUUUAUGUGGAGCUCCAAUGUGUUCAGAAUGAUGGGAAAUACAGCAUAUAAAUGAAAAAAAUAUUGUGAUUUAAUAAUGAAAAUGAAUUUUAAGGAAUCAUUAAACUUAACUUAUUGUUAUGGCAUCCUUAUUUUAAUCAUUUUUAGCCUGAUUGUUCUGUAGUAACUGUGUGUUAUGUCUGAGCUGCCGAUGCUAAUAAACUCUACUUGUUAUGAGCGAGAGUCGAAAAUUGUGAAAAACUGCCUAAUUGAAUAAUUCAGUUAUGACAUAGUUCACAUUGUUUUCACACGUUUUCACCAACUAUUGACAUGUUUGAUGCGUCUUGGAAUCUUGGAAUUUGCCUUACAUGGACUUUAAAUGCUUACAGGCAGGUCGUUCAUGUACGGGUUACCAAACCAAGAGGCCCACAGAGAUGAGAGCAGUCAGCAACUGGACAGUAAACAUGGAGGACAGCAAAAUGGCUACGAUGUUGUGAACAGCUGGGUCUUUCCUGUGACCUUUUAAAUGUGACAAAGUGUGUUUCUGUCUACUUCGGACUGGCAGCCUGUUGGCGUGUGAGCAGAGGGAUCGGCAGAUGUUUAGGUGGUUUCUGUUGACGGAGGCUUUGCCAGUACAAACAAGGAGGGUGUGGGUUG